AACCGAGCCAGUGUUGUCCAGAAUGAAUGAUUUAACACUAUUAUCUCCCUGCGUAAGAUUUAAACAAUGAUCCACUUGUAGCGUUUCUCCAUAAAACCACAUCCUGUUGUUUUCAGAUGAUGGCGUUGGAGCAAGCGACGAAGGAGAAGAAUCAAAAUUGGAACAAGAGCUCAACCCCAUCACCAGCAAACAGGACUCCAUGAGGGAGCUCCACGAGAUGGCGACAGCGUUUCCACCGAGCUUCGACCCCCAACCCGACCUGAAGGUCCUCCGUGGCGUUCUGCUCACGAAGAGCUUUGAAGGAGACCAGCAGUUUUUCGGAGAUGGCGAUCAAAUGGGGGCUCACCCAACCUCCCCAAGACUAUCUUACUUAGAACCUGGAGAUCCACUCGGAGCGACUCGCGUGGUUCCUCACGAAGAUGCACCGGCUUUCUCGGACAUCGCUACCACGGUCAUGACGACAGUCAGUCCUACCAGUCCUGGGAAGCUUGUCUCUAUAGGCCAAAAUAGGCCAAGCAAGAGAAGGAUAGAAGGCAAGGUGGAGGUCUUGGGAGGUCAAGUGGUUAAGGCUGCGAGUCAAUUAAGAACUGGACGACAAAGAGUUUCACCAAAAGCUGAACCGUCUCCCAGGGUGGAUUUGACACAAAAAGAACCUCGGCCAGCAGGGAAGAGCAUUAUGGGUAAUCCCACACACGUGGAUGGAGAUACAACCAUAACAAGCAUCAUCCAGACCACAACGGUAAUUAGCACUAUGAGAGAACAAGAUUUGGCUUAUCUGCAUGUGCCUCUUUCUUUUCCAGGUCAGUGCAGCAUGAACUUAACAGAUGCCGAGGGCUACAUCGAGAUGCCGCCGAGCUCCGAUUCGUUCGAAUCCGCUAUGGAUUGCACCUACUUUGUGACGGUCUAUCUCGGAUAUGGGGUUGAAAUUCAGGUGCUGAACGCGACGCUGGUGGAAGGCGAGAACGUGGUGCUGGAAGACCUGGGAGGCCUCGAGCGCUCCCUCCUGGCCAAUAAGUCAGGGCUGACGAACGGGCUAGUGCUGAAAAGCUCCAGUAAUCAGAUCUCCGUCUACUUUAGCAGUGAGAAGCAGCCGAGGCCAGGUUCCCUGCUGCUCCGCUACAGAGCCUUUGUGUUGAGCUGCGCUUUCCCACAAGCCCUGGCUAAUGGCGAGGUGACAGUGAGCAGCCUCCAUGUAGGAGGGGAGGCCUAUUUCUUCUGCCUAACUGGAUACCAGCUUCAUGGCGUGUCCUCUCUGACGUGCCGCAAUGCCACCAUGCCAUACUGGAGUGGCAAAGAGCCCAAAUGUGUAGCCUCUUGUGGAGGAAUGCUUAAAAAUGCCACUAUGGGCCGCAUCAUUUCUCCUGGGUUUCCGGGCAACUACAGCAACAACCUGACGUGUCACUGGGUACUGGAGGCCCCUGAGGGCCACAGGCUGCACGUGCACUUUGAGAAAGUCGCUCUGGCUGAGGAUGACGACAGGCUGCUGAUCAAGAACGGGAACAACAUCGACUCGCCUCCUGUGUACGACUCUUACGAGGUGGAAUAUCUUCCCAACGAGGGGGUAGUGAGCACGGCGAGGCAUCUGUUUGUCGAGUUCACCACGGACGAGACGGGCACCUGCACCGGUGCUGCCAUACGAUACGAAGCUUUUGCCCAGGGCAUGUGCUACAAGCCGUUCGUGAAGUACGGAAACUUCUCCAGCAGCGACGUGUCGUUCGGAGUGGGCACGGUGGUGGAGUUCUCCUGCGAGCCGGGCUACACGCUGGAGCAGGGCUCCGUCACCAUCGAGUGUGUGGACCCCGAGAACCCACAGUGGAAUGAGACGGAACCGGCCUGCCGUGCUGUGUGCAGCGGCGAGAUCACAGAUUCGGCAGGCGUGGUACUCUCACCGAACUGGCCUGAAGCCUACGACAAAGGGCAGGACUGCAUCUGGGGCAUCCACGUGGAGGAGGACAAGAGGAUCCUGCUGGACAUCCAAGUCCUUCAUCUUGGUAAGAACGACAUACUGACGUUUUACGAUGGCGACGACCUCACGGCCAACAUCCUGGGCCAGUACAGUGGCACUCUACCCAGAUUCAAACUUUACACCUCCAUGGCGGACGUGACCAUCCAGUUCCAGUCCGAUCCUGCCACCAACAUCUACGGCUACAACAAUGGCUUUGUGGUGCAUUUCUUUGAGGUGGCCCGCAAUGACACGUGCUCAGAAUUACCAGAGAUCACGAACGGCUGGAAGAGCACGUCCCAUCCGGAUCUGAUUCACGGAACAGUGGUGACCUACCAGUGCUACCCAGGCUUUCAGGUGGUCGGAUCUGAGAUCCUCAUGUGCCAAUGGGAUCUGACGUGGAGCGGAGACGUGCCCAGCUGUGAGAAGGUGAUGUUGUGUCAGGACCCAGGCUCUGUAGAACAUGGACGCAGGCUGAUGACGGGUUCACGCUUCACCGUGGGCUCCACUGUGCAGUACAUGUGUAAUAAAGGCUACACACUCUCAGGCCCGGGCCUGCUCACCUGCUACAGCCGCGACACGGCCGAGCCCAAGUGGAGCGAGAGGAUGCCCAAGUGUGUCCCUGAAAGGUACGAACCUUGUGGUAACCCCGGAGCUCCUUCCACUGCCAUCCAGAGCUCAGAGAAAGCCUUCUUCCAGGCUGGAGAGACUCUGAGCUUCACGUGCCGCCCGGGAUACCAGCUGCACGGCGAAUCCACCAUCCGCUGCCUCCCGGGACAUCCGUCUGCAUGGAGCGCAGCGCCGCCUGCAUGCCGGGCCUCCUCAAGAGAUGUUAAUGAGCGCAGAUUGAACGUAAUCAGCACUGAUUUUGGUACCGAGGCUACAGACACUGCCAUCGCAGUCAUGCUUCCUGCUGCAGUGGUGCUGCUGGUCAUCCUGGGCAUUUUCCUUUACUUCUCCAAAGUCCAGGGAAAGACCAUGCGCCUGUCCAGCUCGUGCUCACUUCCCUACGACAACAUGGCAGAGGAAUCUGCAUUCGACAACCCCGUCUACGAGACUGGAGUAAGUAUGGACGCCCUGAACCUGAGAGACGUGGACUCCCAGAACACCGUCGUCCUGUCCUGACCGCUCGGCCCCGUCCGUCCUGUCAUCGCAUCACCAGCAGACGGCAGCGUUCGCGCCAUUUCCAUUUUCACCCGAGAUUAAAAUCGCUAACUCUGAACUUCUGCUUCUGAAAUGUGGUAUUAAGCAACAUGCUCCAGCGUUCAUUAGAGAGCGGCUUUCUGAUGGAAAGAACAUCUGAAAUGCCUCUGUCACUUUGUGUCCAUCGUCUGGUGGCAGAAACCAACGGACUUAACGAGGGCGUCUAACUGACUAAAGCUUAACGUAACGCCGU